UCCGUGAACUGGGACCUUCGGAAACGCGCGAUCUUGUUAUAGCGGGACUUAACUCGUGUUUGGUAGCCGUACAAUGCAAGAUGCACCCCCGACGCGUAAAUACACCGCGGAGGAGAAACAGCAUAUCCUCGCGAACCUCGAUAUCGAAGUAUCACAUCGAGUACGGACGUUCGAAUCCCAGCUUGCGGAUACUCUUGAGAACUACCGCAUCCAUGCUGAAGGCCAGGUAUCCCGCGUCCCUAAGCAACUCCGAUCCAUUACGAUGGCAGAGUUCAUCGACAAGUACCAGGGUGACCUGCAGGCGGCACUGCGCGGUGUGCAGAAGGAAGCUUUGGAAAAGCUGGGUGCAACAGUAGGGGGCGAACUAGACCGCGCGGAACGGAAGCGAAAGUGGAUAUCCAACUUAGAGACUACGGGAGAGGCGGAAGCAGGGUCCAGCACCGCGAACAAAUUCCCGCGUACGGGUCCUUCGCCUCGGAAGAAGGCCCCUGCAACGCCUUCCCGCUCCCGAAUAGCGGCUCCAAAGACGCCAGGCACCGCACGUCAGGUGUACCGCCAACCGUCCAUUGCCCCAUCGCCCAGUCCUGCCAAACGACCACUAGCUGGCCCUUCCUCCCAUCCCUUUCGACCAACUUCUCCCUCCAAGAACCAUCCGCAUAACGGCCUCGCGGCAACCUCCAACGGCAUUCCGCAACGGUCUAUAUCCAACCCGCACCCGAUCCGCCCACCAUCCUCCACCUUCAAUCCUGUGCUCCCUUCCCUUCCCGCCAACUGGCGCCUACCGCGCAAGAAUGAGAGCUUCCUUAGCCUCAACGGCUCACCGCUCGCCAAUCCGUUUGCCGGUUCCAGCAUUCCCUUUUCUGUGCCCGAAGAAGCCGACGAAGGCGGUAGCGACGGCGGUGGCUUCAAAGGGCCGCCCAAAGCAUCUAGCAAUCACACACUCAAGCGCUCGAGCAGCUUCGUGUUGCGCAAGGAUGCUCGAACACCGAACGGUCUGCACGCCCGUACCUCGUCGCAACCGAGCCUCUUUGGCCAGCCGAGCGCGCAUCCGCAGGAUAUCGGCCACAUGCGGACGUGGUCGCAGUCGACUGCGGCAUCGUCCGCUACAGGUCCACCAACAGCGUACAGUUCUGACUCGGGCGACGGGGCAGAGGCCGACCGCAAACUGCGUCCGCUCGCUUCGGCGAUGGUUACUGUGCCUCUAGCGGACGGCCAGGUCCUCGAAUUCGAUCCACUCCAAGCGUCGCCCGGUGCGCUUGACGCGCUUGAAGGCAUCACCGACAGCGCGAAGAAACAUGCGCGGGAUGAGAUGAUCAAAUUCGUCGAAGCCGCCGUGCAGCGGUGGAAGAUUGCAUAGUUCAUAGGAUUGGUUCACCUCUACGCACUUUUUUCACUGUCGCAUCUUGCUCUAGCAUACAGUAACUUAUUCCCGCGCAUGGUUCAGAUUAGUCCCAGCAGUGUAUACUGUAGCUCGCCACUACGAGCGCGAUCUCUACUCA